GCAAGCUGCCAUGAAAGGCUGUGAAUCCAGUGAAUCUGUAAAAAGCAAACGAGAAAAUCUGCAGGGCUUGAGAGGAAUUGCAAUUUUGCUCGUGCUUUUAAUGCACUUAAAACCAACAUCCUUCCGCCAUGGAUUUGUUGGCGUAGAUAUCUUCUUUGUGCUGUCUGGCUUUCUUAUGACCCAAAUACUCUUUCGGAAAAAGCUGACGUUGGAAUCUAUUUGUACUUUUUAUUGUCGCAGGUUCAAAAGGAUUGUACCUCUGUACAUGAUCGCGGUCCUCAGCAUAUACUUGUAUGGAUAUUUUUACAUAUUUCGUAUCGAUCGCAAGCAAAUCUUUGAAGAUCUUACUUGGGCGUACACGUAUUCCACUAAUCUGCAACCAAUCUUCCAAAAAGUAGGAUAUUGGGAUCAGCUAACAACAUAUCGGUUCUUCGUUCACGCAUGGUCUCUUGGUGUAGAACUACAGUAUUAUCUUAUCGUGCCUUUGAUUAUGGGCACGGCAUCCUGCUUCGAGCACAAAACUCGACUUAUGCUUUUUCUUUCUUUGAUGGCUCUUUCUCUUGCUUUCCAGCUUUGCAGUUCAGCCAAUAGCACAUCCGGGAAUGGCCACACCAUGAGCUGCAGAGAAAAAGGCUGUGUUGGUCAACCAUUCUGA